GUUGCGCGCAUUCCCUGUAAGAAGGUGUUCCAUGCUAGGGCGUUAGAAAUCACGAGAUUUUGCAGGGAAUGGACGUGGCGUAGGCGUCGAUCGUGGUCGCGGUCGUGGUAAUGGCAGGAUUGGCUGCCCCGGCGCUCUUGCUCCCGGCGCAACCAGCGUAUAACAGGUACGCUAUCGGGAGUAGCGAGCUAGCGCGAUUAAAGACCGGGUCCAGGAGCUCGCUCAAGCUAAAAGGAAGGAUUGCCGCUACUCCAAACCUCUCGAGUCGACUCACUGCCGUUGCUCCAAACGUUUCUUCCCGAUUGAUCACCCCAGCUUCGCGACUGGAACGACUCCGAGGUGGAUCAAAAUGCCGGUUGUCUCGUGGAGUCUCUCUGAAAGACGAGGUGACGAGCAGCAACAGCCCGCAAGAAUUCGACUCGCAAGAGAACCCUGCUGGAGAAGAAGUAGCAGCAGCUUCUCAAGAACCCGAUCACAUCGACUUGGAGUUUUUGGAGGACGCAGAUAUCAGCGGCAAAACUGGAUUCGUUUCGUUCUAUAGCGGAGCUGCUGGAGAAGAUCGUUUGCUCACAGGAGUGAAGCGACGAUCGCUUCUCUGGCUGCUUGGACCUUUUGUGCUGGUUGCUUCGGUCGUGCUACCGCCAUACGUUUUUCGGACCGUCUUUGAAUAUCUUCUCGACGAUACAGUAGUAACAGAUUUUAUCAUUUUGUUCUUCACGGAAGCCUACUUUUACAUCGGAGUAUCAGCAUUCCUUUUCGUUGCUCAUAAGUUUCGAGGACCUGUUCGUGUUCGCGGUUCCAAAGGCGAUGCUUUAGCUGCUGCUUCCUACACUUGGGGAUACAAUGUGUCGGCCACGGUAUGCACCGCUCUCUCCACGGUCUUGGCUGUUUCGAGUUUCUUCGUGGCCUGGAAGUAUACGGGCCCCGCGGCCAUCGCUGCUCUAGUUCCAUAUGUGUCGGGGCUGGUGGUGCAAUUUUGCGGAGAGAAGUUUGCCGAAGACAAGCCAUCGAUUCGACCUCUAGUACCGAUGAUUUUCCAGGUUUAUCGUCUUCACCAGCUAAACAGAGCAGCACAGCUUGUCGCGGGGCUUAUAUUUUCCAUGAAAACACUGGAGGCAUCAGUGCAGACCACGGCGAUUACGAGCUCGCUACAGAUGCUCCUGUCAUCGUUGCAACUUCUGGGCAUUUUCUCCUUGUGGUCGCUGGCAGCCUUUCUCACGCAGACGAGCUUGGCUUGGCAUCAUGGCAAAGGCGUCUCUUUGGUCCCGUUUUGAAAAGGGACACUUUACACAGGGGAUAGCGGGGUGAUUGGGGGGGAGAACAACAGACUAAAGUCGUUUUUUCUUCUGUAUAUCAUCAGCAAACAGAGUUUUCAAUGAUCCGACUUAAAACGACCGGGUUUGGUUCCAAAGUUUUUGGCAGCUUCGCUUCAUUCAAUUCUGCUUUGUUUUCUCCGUUUCCUUCUUUCGUCCUUGCGGGGGACUUGGUUUUUUCAAGGUGGAAGGAAGGAAGCAAGCAAGCAACAAGGCGAUUGACAUCGACUGGUGCAGUUACGGGGUUGCAAUCUGUCGAUCCACGGGGAGUGUCCUUGGUUUGGUGCAAUAUAUUCUGGAUUUGGUAGAGGCAACUAUCGGAUGACCCUUUGAGCAUCCAUCUCAGAGAUGGUGGAGGAGAACGACUGAUUCUCUCAUGCAAGCGCUUAUAAAGUUUCCUGCUGCAAGGAACAAGGAAUAACCGAGAGGGAAUGUUAUAUGCGCGGUCCAUCUACCUACCUAAUUCCUUCGAUGCCUCGCAGUGAAAUUACGAGACAAAGAAAGAACAAUCAAGCACGUCCGUGGUGGUGGUGGCCAAACACUCAAACGUUGACAUGCUAUUGUGAAUGGAGAAUCUAGACCCUGGAAAUAGAAGACGAAGAACAACAGCAAAUGCAGCAGACAUAGAAUGUCAAGCAUGGCAUAUUUAAGGUUCUAACGGGCAGCCGGGGCAGGCUAUGGAUAUCUGGGGAGAAGUAUAGAAGCAGGGCCAGAAUUUUGCAGCUGCUACUGCAGCACGUCUAGGCAAUCAACGAGGAGAGAUUUUAAUGACACCAACCUAGACGCACGUCCAGGAAGUUUCUUUUACCACUUUUUUUAUUUUUCUCUUUUCUCUUUCGCUUUAUAUUAAUUCCUCCUUUUGGUUUUUAAAGAUAAAAGGCUGAAGCGAUCGGAUUCGAAUGGAUGUGAAGUGGAAGCAUCGCCUGCUUCUGGGACAGAGACGUGCAUUGGGGAGCAAAGAGGGGAAAAGUUUGGUGAAGGAGUCGAGGGUGACACUCGAUCGAGGCUGCUUUGGAGCGACAUUAAUGCCUCGAACCGAACAUCUAUGUUGUUCCAAGAGUUCUCUGUGGACAUUGACCAGGAAACAAACGUGAGGCUCUGCAACAGUGUGAAGGAUAUUGACUAGCUAUCAUCCAAAACGAAAGAAGCGUCCGAGAGAGCAUUAAAGCCCCCUCUGGGUCGGCUGGAAAGCUUGAGCUUCUUAACUUUGGAUUUAGAGAGAUUAGAUUGAUGGAUGGUGAUCUCUCGAGUGCCUUGCUUGACUCUCCCUGACCACCCACACUCUUGUGUUGGAGUCGGAUAGAUGGAUCGAUCAAUCCCUGCAGUGUUGCAUGGAUCGAUCAAUCAUCUCCGUGACAUUCUGGGGAAUGAAGAGAGUUCACGGCAGGAUUCUUCUUCUUUUUCUCUUUCUUUUCUCGCAUGGAUGAAAAGUCCACAAGCCAAGUACAGCUAGCCAGCAGAAAUACUUUGUUUGUUUGCUCUUGAGGACCAUGUCCGGAGCUGCAGCAUGCAAAUGAUGGCAUGAUAGACAAUCGUCUCCCUCUUUUUCUUC